AUGAAAAAACAUAUAUGGGGAGGAGAGAGGACUCCACCAAUCAGCGAGUCGGUCACCUCACCAAUACUACCUCGUAUGAAAAUAUCAGUUUGAAAUUUAAACACAAAAAUAAUUAAAGUAUUAGUAACCAGAAAAACUGAUGGUUAUAUAAAAUAGUGAAAAUCACCCUGUAAUUCCUGUAACGGAUCACCUGGCACCCUGACUGGGUACCUCCAUUGAAGGAUGCUCCUAGCACUUCCUGAGGACUCCAAGCACUCUGGCAGACACCACAACCACCGAACCGGAGAAACAAAUAAAUUCUCCCAAGCAUAUGAAUGCUGUAGACAGUUGAAUAGGAACCAUACGAAUAGGUUUACUCUCCUAGCAGUCAAACUGGAACAGCAUACAAUAAAUCCUUACCCCAAUAAUGAGACGACACUUCACUUUGAGGGUUAAAACAGGAACUCUCUGUAAUGGCCACACACUGGCUUUUAUGCAAGUCCCCAUGCAAGGGGACAUCCCACAGGGUGGGACACAGUACAACCAAUCGUUACAGGGGAACCUUAAAACACACCCACAUUUACAUCACAAUCCCUCCUCUCUGUCCAGGAGAUAACUGUGAAGUAAUCCAAUUAUCUCCCAGGACAGAGGCAAGACUCCAUUAACCACAUGGCAGUAAUAAUACAAUAAAAGACAUAAAAUUACAUACAGUUACAUUUAUUCCAUAAAACAUAGACAUUCUACAUAUCCCCAGAUAGCUUAGAUCUGAGUGCACAUUACUACCAAAUGGCGCUCAGAUCACAUACAUACAGUUCAAUCGCCAUGGAGCCAAAGUCUUUCAGUAUACGGCUGGGCUCCAUGGCAUAGCUAUCUGGGGUAGCAUGGCUUUAACAGUCUACAGAAAGGCAUGAAUACGCUUUGCAGGGAAAAUAAAAGGUUUUAACUGCCGAGCCAUAGUCUAAAGGGAGCAGGCGAGCAACCAGGCUCCUCCAGUGGACAGUGGCGAGGCUGGUUUCGCCACAUUUCUCCCCUUUACCAUCCAGACUAACAGGGUAUCUGACCUCCUGUCGUUCAGUGCCCUGGUUAGUCCAGCAACCCACCCACGAAGCACAAACAGCAGUACCUCCCACCAACAAUAAAUGUUUACUCCACCUGGAUAAAGUAGCAGCUUGUCCAGGUCCAGGUUCCUCACCACGGCUGUGCGGGGAGCUGGUAGACUGCCUUGGUGGGUUGCUGAGUGGGCAGAGACCAGCGGUACUCUGCCCUGGUGCCAGCGCUACCACUGAAGUAACCUGGUUGGAGCCUGGUUGUGGGAGGGGGAGACUGACCUUCUCCCCUCUGGGUACACAGCUCUGGGGCUGGGGGACAGGACCGACCGUCCCUACCCCUUGUGCUGUAAGUGCAAAGACUACGGUCCCAUCUGCACUGUUGGGGGGUGUAACAUCUCCCCUUGGUGGGUUAGGCUGCCGCUGGAGAGAGGGUGUAACAAGCUCCUCUCUCUGAACUGUAACCUGCCGCUGGGGAGAGGGGGUAGCAGGCUCCUCUCCGUGACACUCUCUCUGCUGGUGGUGAGGGGGACCAGCUGUCUCCCCUUUCAAUAUUUUGUCCUGCUGCUGGGGUGCGAGACUGACAGUCUCUGCUCCCUGCAGGACACUCUGCUGCUGGGGAGGAAGGACGACACCUUCAGCUCCCUGGGAUACAAUCUGCAGCUGGGGAGGAAGGAUGACACCUUCAGCUCCCUGGGACUCACUUGACCGCUGGGGAGAGGGACCAACUGUCUCCUCUCCUAAGAACACACACUGCCGCUGGGGAGGAAGGACGACACCUUCAGCUCCCUGGGAUACACACUGCCGCUGGGGAGGAAGGACUGUACCUUCAGCUCCCUGGGAUACACACUGCCGCUGGGGAGGAAGGACGGUACCUUCUGCUCCCUGGGGUACAUACUGCCGCUGGGGAGGAAGGACGGUACCUUCUGCUCCCUGAGGCUAUACACACUGCAGCUGGGAGGAAGGACUGCACCUUCAGCUCCCUGGGAUACACCUGCAGCUGGGAGGACUGUACCUUCAGCUCUCUGGGUAUACACACUGCAGCUGGGGAGGAAGGACUGCACCUUCAGCUCCCUGGUAUACACACUGCCGGCGGGAGGAGGACUGCACCUUCAGCUCCCUGGGAUACACACUGCGCUGGGGAGGAAGGACUGCCUUCAGCUCCCUGGGAUACACACUGCUGCAGCUGGGGAGGAAGGACUGCACCUUCAGCUCCCUGGGAUACACACUGCAGCUGGGGAGGAAGGACUGCACCUUCAGCUCCCUGGGACUUACUCUGCCGCUGGGGAGGAAGGACGACACCUUCAGUUCCCUGGGGUACACCUUUGAGUCCCCGUAACGCACUCUGCCACCGGAUAGGGCGGCCGAUACCUUUGGCUGGAUCUGCCAUGAACUGCAGGUACUCGUCUACCUGGCUCCUUACAAGCUGCACGUAUUUCUCCGGGGGGUUGGGUCCAAAGAAAGCCAGCCGCAUGGUAAACUCUCUGUCAUACUGCUCCUGAGUGUAGCUGGGUGCCAUGCUUGCGCUGCUGAAGUUGGUUCUUUUGUAGAUAGGGUCGCUGUACGGGUACUGGCGUUGCCCUCAAUUUGUAAUCCAGGAACUGUGUCUCUGAGCUGCUUUACCUCGCACUAGGACGCCAUCCCACCGCUGCCACCAAUGUAACGGAUCGCCUGGCACCCCGACUGGGUACCUCCGUUGAAGGAUGCUCCUAGCACUUCCUGAGGACUCCAAGCACUCUGGCGAACUUCCCCAACCACCGAACGGAGAACAAAUAAAUUCUCCCAAACGCAUAUGAAUGCUGUAGACGGUGAAUAGGAACCAUACGGAAUAGGUUUACUCUCCUAGCAGUCAAACUGGAACAGCAUACAAUAAAUCCUUCCCCCAAUAAUGAGACGACACUUCACUUUGAGGGUUAAACAGGAACUCUCUGUAAUGGCCACACACUGGCUUUUAUGCAAGUCCCCAUGCAAGGGGACAUCCCACAGGGUGGGACACAGUACAACCAAUCGUUACAGGGGAACCAUAAAACACACCCACAUUUACAUCACAAUCCCUCCUCUCUGUCCAGGAGAUAACUGUGAAGUAAUCCAAUUAUCUCCCAGGACAGAGGCAAGACUCCAUUAACCACAUGGCAGUAACAAUACAAUAAAAGACAUAAAAUUACAUACAGUUACAUUUAUUCCAUAAAACAUAGACAUUCUACAUAUCCCCAGAUAGCUUAGAUCUGAGUGCACAUUACUACCGAAUGGCGCUCAGAUCACAUAAAUACAGUUCAAUCGCCAUGGAGCCAAAGUCUUUCAUACAGUCUUUCAGUAUACGGCUGGGCUCCAUGGCAUAGCUAUCUGGGGUAGCAUGGCUUUAACAGUCUACAGAAAGGCAUGAAUACGCUUUGCAGGGAAAAUAAAAGGUUUUAACUGCCGGGCCAUAGUCUAAAGGGAGCAGGCGAGCAACCAGGCUCCUCCAGUGGACAGUGGCGAGGCUGGUUUCGCCACAUUUCUCCCCUUUACCAUCCAGACUAACAGGGUAUCUGACCUCCUGUCGUUCAGUGCCCUGGUUAGUCCAGCAACCCACCCACGAAGCACAAACAGCAGUACCUCCCACCAACAAUAAAUGUUUACUCCACCUGGAUAAAGUAGCAGCUUGUCCAGGUCCAGGUUCCUCACCACGGCUGUGCGGGGAGCUGGUAGACUGCCUUGGUGGGUUGCUGAGUGGGCAGAGACCAGCGGUACUCUGCCCUGGUGCCAGCGCUACCACUGAAGUAACCUGGUUGGAGCCUGGUUGUGGGAGGGGGAGACUGACCUUCUCCCCUCUGGGUACACAGCUCUGGGGCUGGGGGACAGGACCGACCGUCCCUACCCCUUGUGCUGUAAGUGCAAAGACUACGGUCCCAUCUGCACUGUUGGGGGGUGUAACAUCUCCCCUUGGUGGGUUAGGCUGCCGCUGGAGAGAGGGUGUAACAAGCUCCUCUCUCUGAACUGUAACCUGCCGCUGGGGAGAGGGGGUAGCAGGCUCCUCUCCGUGACACUCUCUCUGCUGGUGGUGAGGGGGACCAGCUGUCUCCCUUUUCAAUAUUUUGUCCUGCUGCUGGGGUGCGAGACUGACGGUCUCUGCUCCCUGCAGGACACUCUGCCGCUGGGGAGGAAGGACGACACCUUCAGCUCCCUGGGAUACAAUCUGCAGCUGGGGAGGAAGGAUGACACCUUCAGCUCCCUGGGACUCACUUGACCGCUGGGGAGAGGGACCAACUGUCUCCUCUCCUAAGAACACACACUGCCGCUGGGGAGGAAGGACGACACCUUCAGCUCCCUGGGAUACACACUGCCGCUGGGGAGGAAAAUAGUGAAAAUCACCCUGUAAUUCCUGUAACGGAUCACCUGGCACCCCGACUGGGUACCUCCAUUGAAGGAUGCUCCUAGCACUUCCUGAGGACUCCAAGCACUCUGGCAGACACCACAACCACCGAACCGGAGAAACAAAUAAAUUCUCCCAAGCAUAUGAAUGCUGUAGACAGUUGAAUAGGAACCAUACGAAUAGGUUUACUCUCCUAGCAGUCAAACUGGAACAGCAUACAAUAAAUCCUUGCCCCAAUAAUGAGACGACACUUCAUUUUGAGGGUUAAAACAGGAACUCUCUGUAAUGGCCACACACUGGCUUUUAUGCAAGUCCCCAUGCAAGGGGACAUCCCACAGGGUGGGACACAGUACAACCAAUCGUUACAGGGGAACCAUAAAACACACCCACAUUUACAUCACAAUCCCUCCUCUCUGUCCAGGAGAUAAUUGUGAAGUAAUCCAAUUAUCUCCCAGGACAGAGGCAAGACUCCAUUAACCACAUGGCAGUAACAAUACAAUAAAAGACAUAAAAUUACAUACAGUUACAUUUAUUCCAUAAAACAUAGACAUUCUACAUAUCCCCAGAUAGCUUAGAUCUGAGUGCACAUUACUACCGAAUGGCGCUCAGAUCACAUAAAUACAGUUCAAUCGCCAUGGAGCCAAAGUCUUUCAUACAGUCUUUCAGUAUACGGCUGUGCUCCAUGGCAUAGCUAUCUGGGGUAGCAUGGCUUUAACAGUCUACAGAAAGGCAUGAAUACGCUUUCCAGGGAAAAUAAAAGGUUUUAACUGCCGGGCCAUAGUCUAAAGGGAGCAGGCGAGCAACCAGGCUCCUCCAGUGGACAGUGGCGAGGCUGGUUUCACCACAAUUCCCAAGUGAAGAAUAAAAGACCGCUAAAACUAAAUACUAAAAGUAACAAAUGAGAGAGCCCUUAACAAGAUGUAACAGUAGCAAUCUCUGUAGCUAUCCAAAAGGUGCUGACAAUAAUAAGUAAAUAUUGUUUGCAACUCAGUAGAGACCUGUAUUCCCAAUGGUAGGGAUGUAUCAGAAAGAAGUAGAUAUCAGCUGUAGAUAUUGGCUCAAUUAUAAUAAAUUAACCAUUACUAAAGCAAAAGGAGAGAAUGUGCUGAACCUUCACUAAAUAGAACAGUGUGGACACUGAAAAUAGGUUCCCCCAAGUGGUCCCCCACUUGGCAUUAUAUUAGGAGGAGUAUCAGGAGGAGGAAAGACAAGGAGUUCAGUUUUAAAGAGAUUGAGUUUCAAAAAGCCUGAGGACAGCCAAUCAGAGAUAGAAGAAUGGCAAGCAGUGGCACGAUGCAGAAAGGCAUGGAAGAGGUCAAGGGAGGAAAUGUAUAUCUGAGUGUCAUCAGUGUACAGGUGGUAUUUGAAUCCAGAUGAGGUAAUAAGUUUGACAAGAGAGGCAGUAUAAAGAGAAAAUAAAAGGAGACCAAGUAAGGAGCCUUGGGGGACUCCAACAGAGACAGGACGAAGGAAUGAGGUAUCAUUAGAAAAGGAGAAACUGAAUGAGUGUUGGGAAAGAUAGGAGGAAAACUGUCACGUAUUCAUCCACACAUAAAAAUGUGGUUAUUGGCAUUUACUGUCCUGACAGGAAAAGUUGUGCCAAGCAACAUUACUGUCCUGACAGGUGAUGUUGUGCCAAUCAGCAAUCAUGCACAUGGAAACCUGGUAAUUACUUUUGGGGUCAAAGGUCGGUCAUGGCCAAUCAAAUCCACAGCUGCGCAGCAAUCAUGCACACCUGGUAAUUGCCUUUGGGGUCAAAGGCCGGUUACAGCCAAUUGGAUCCAGAGGAGGGGUAUUUAAACCCAACUCUCCUCCUGUUCAUUGCCCUGCUGUGGUUUCAUGCCUAUGGAUCUUGAUUUUCCGGUAUUUGACUUUGGCUUUGUUUUGACUUCCCUGAUAUAUGGUAUCCUUGACUUUUGGCUUUCCCUCAUCUUUGUGUCUGAUUCUGUGUCCCUGACCUCGGCAAGUAUUUUGACUAUUCUUGGAGACGUUAAUUUUGGCCAUUCUAAGGUCCGGUUAUACGUUAUCUUUAGUCCUAGGUGUGACACAGUACUGCGGGCUGGAUCAACUUGUAAUCCUGACAAAAACCAAGAGAGGACAGUGUCCAGAGACCAAGUGAUUGAAGAGUUUGGAGAAGAAGAACAGUGUCAAAGGCAGCAGAGAGGUCAAGAAGAAUUAGAAUGGAGUAGUGCCCUUCAGAUUUAGCUGUGAUUAGGUAAUUAGUGACUCUAAUAAGAGCAGUCUCAGUAGAGUGGAGUGGAGGGGAUGAAGAGGGUCAAGGAGAGAGUUGGAAGUCAGACGGGUAAAGACCAGUCUUUCCAGAAACUUUGAGGAAAAUGGGAGCAGGGAUAUGGGACGAUAGUUAGAAGGGUAGGACGUGUCAAGAGAUUUUUUUUUUAUUAUUCUUUAUUUUUGUUGUGCAAAUAGUAACAUACACGCUUGUUGCACCACAACAGCAGGACAAAUGAAAACACAGUAUAAGAUUAUAACAUGGCAUACAGAGCAACUGCACAAAUUUUAUAGUUAAGGUGUUCUAGCAGGCAAGCUAAGUACCGUAAAUUAGGUAAAUGACAAGCCAAUAAACACGUCAGAGAAUAUGUCAUUGGUAUUCAAACAUGCUUAUAAGAUCAUGUAAGCAAGAGUGAGUAGGGAAAAAAAAGGAAAAAGAAGGUGUCAAAGUAACAUGACAUGAUGAAAAUGCUGCAGGAUAUGAAUAUGACAUGCUAGAAUAAUGUAAAAGCUAAUAGGUAGCCCACCUUCAAGUUUGAUGAUCUCAGCUAAUGUGAAAAACAUACUCAUAGGAUUUCAAAAGCAACAAGAUAAUGUCAUUUGUUUUUUACAGCUGUGCAACAGCAAACAUUCACCAUUUCAGUCCCAUUACCAAACUUUUCUUAAUAUAUCAAAAUAGUCGGACUGAAACAUUGGACUGAAAACUUAAAUAUUUGUUUUUUGUGACCCACAUAAACUUAAACCUGGUUUAUUUGGCCCAUGUUAGCCUUUGAGUUUGACAGGCUUGCUGUACAGUAAAGAGGAUAUAAAUUUAUAUUAUUGGAUAAGGCUGGAAUUGUGUUGAGUUGAAAAUUGACUUAUAAAAUGUUAUAGUGGUGAUUUUUGUUUCUAUCAUAAGUAUAUUUAAUUUUUAAACUUUUCCUGCAUAAGCAUAUUCUUUGUUUCCCAUCCUUUUUGUCUCAUUCAAAAUAAAUGGCUACAUGAUUAUCAUUUACAUUUUAGAACAAAUUUGCAGCUGAAAGGACCACUGUAGUGCCAGGAAAACAAACUCGUUUUCCUGGCAAUAUAGUGCCCUCAGGGUGCCCCCACCCUCAUGGCCCCCCUCCCGCUGGGCUGAAGUUAGAGGAAGGGGUUAAACACUUACUCUCCUCCCUCUUCGGCUGAAUGUGCAUGAGCAGCGAGAGCCACGCGCGCGUUCAGUCAGUCCAUACGAAAGCAUUCUUAAUGUUUCCUAUGGACGCUGGCGUCUUCUCACUGUAAAAAUCGCAGUGAGAAGCACGGAAGUGCCUCUAGUGGCUGUCAAUGAGACAGCCACUAGAGGCUGGAUUAACCCUAUUGUAAACAUAGCAGUUUCUCUCAAACUGCUAUGUUUACAGCACGCAGGGUUAAACCAAGAGGGACCUGGCACCCAGACCACUUCAUUGAGCUGAAGUGGUCUGGCUGCCUAUAGUGGUCCUUUAAUGUCCGAUGAUUCGUGUUCUAUGUAAAGCUAAAGUGGUCUUGAAUGUCCCCUAAGGAAUCCAUUAUAACAUAGCAUUUCCUUUAUUAAAAAAAGAAAACAUCAUAAAAUGAAAUUGUUUGAGUUUACAUAAUCAUACAACUACAACAAUCCUCAAUGUUAAUAAAAUCAAACAUACCUCGAUCACCACUGUAUCAUUUAGCAGACACGAUGUCUUUACACAUUCUCCACAGCAUUUUGAAUCCUUUGUAACAUAUGUAUAUCCCUGCAGGACAAGUAGAAUAUAUAUUCCUGUCAUUUUGAUACAACAAUGUAUGACCAAGGAUUAAAAAGAAGGUGUUAAAGGGAGAUUGUAACUUCUCUGGUAUUUAUACCAAUAAAAUGAGGUGAUUCAUUUUCUUUUAAAUAUAUUAAAGGAACACACUGGAGUGAAUUUACCAUUUUUUCAGAGGUGAGAAAGUUACUCUCCACCUCUUCUCUUCACCUCUGGGAGAUUUCUAGAUAAUAUACCUACCAAUCCAAUUCUUUAUAGAGAAGUUCACGUGGAGAAGACCUCUGAUCCACUUUGUGCUAGUGCUCAAAGUCAUAAGGAAAAGCAUGCUCCUUCCUGCCUGACUGACGAUAAGGUGAAACUCAAUAGACUUACUAAAACGUGGUAAUUUUUCCUGAAUUCAACCCUUUAUUUAAAAUGAGAAAGCAGGGACACUUUGUUAAUGCUUAAAGUUUUUCAACAAGCUAAUAUGCUUUAGGGGUUUGUAGUACGUUUUCCUAAAUAACAGCUGUCAAAGUUUCUCCUUUUUUUUAAAUUUAUUACAUUUACUGAAAUGUCCUUUUUUUAAAGAUGCAUAUUGUUUUUGUUAAAGAAAAUGUCACUUUUUUUGUCUGACAGAGAAGCCAUGUUGGAUUCCACUGAUGCUACACCUAAUAUGACUGCUGCUGCAGUUUCACAUUGAACAAUCACAGCAGCAAGGAAGUUAGGUUGCACAGCAGUUGGUCAGAUAACAACAGAGUCUGACACAACAUGGCUGCUAAGCUAGAUAAAAAGUGAAAUGUUAUUUUUUUAUUAUGAUUUUUUUUUAUGGUUUUCAUAUUAGUUUCAUUCAAAUAUUCAAACAAAUAUAUGUACACAUACAUAGAACAUACCAAAAACAUAGUUAACAUAUUAUCUUGUUUGUAUCUAUUACAUCUGAUUUUAAAGUGCUGUAUUAUGGCUCCUUAAUACAGCUUACAGCUAUUAGUUAAUAGCUAUUUUUCGAUACUUCCUUUCAUUUUACUUUAUAUAUCUUAGAUACAUAUUUAAAGCUGUUACAUACUCUUCUAUCAGACUUACUCCAUAUCAUAUAAACAUAAUUACACACCAACAGGAAGUGUUUUGGGGGAUCGCCUAUCUUGUGAAUGGAAAGCUUAAAACAGACUUAGUACUACAUGUACACGUGUAUAUAGAUAUAUUCUCAUAACCGUCUAAUAGAGAAAUAGUCUACCAUCCCAGAUGUAUCCACCUUGGGGUAGACAAAUACGCUCGUCUAUACAGGGAGUGCAGAAUUAUUAGGCAAGUUGUAUUUUUGAGGAUUAAUUUUAUUAUUGAACAACAACCAUGUUCUCAAUGAACCCAAAAAACUCAUUAAUAUCAAAGCUGAAUAUUUUUGGAAGUAGUUUUUAGUUUGUUUUAGUUUUAGCUAUGUUAGGGAUACCGCAGUGUGCAGGUGAUCAGUUACUGUGCAUAAUUAUUAGGCAACUUAACAAAAACAAAUAUAUACCCAUUUCCUCAAUUAUUUAUUAUUACUAGAAAACCAAUAUAAAUAUCUCAACAUUCACAAAUAUAUACAUUGAUAUUCAAAACAAAACAAAAAAAAACAAAUCUCAGUGAAUCUUCAAUAUAGCUACCUUUCUUUUGUAAGGACACUCAAAAAGCCUGCCAUCCAUGGAUUCUGUCAGUGUUUCUUUGAUCUGUUCACCAUCAACAUUGCGUGUGUAGCAGCAAACUACAGCCUCCUGUGACACACUGUCUGGUAGGUGUACUGUUUUCCUCCUUGUAAAUCUCUACAUUUACGAGGGGACCAGGUUCCUCACAAUGGGGGUCUAGACUCAAAGUGAACAGGGAGGCCAUGUCAUUAGAUUUUCUUCUUUUAUACCCUUUCUUGCCAGCCACGCUGUGGAGUACUUGGACGCGUGUGAUGGAGCAUUGUCCUGCAUGAAAAUCAUGUUUUCUUGAAGGAUGCAGACUUCUUCCUGUACCACUGCUUGAAGAAGGUGUCUUCCAGGAACUGGCAGUAGGGCUGGGAGUUGAGCUUGACUCCAUCCUCAACCCGAAAAGGCCCCACAAGCUCAUCUUUGAUGAUACCAGCCCAAACCAGUACUCCACCUCCACCUUGCUGGCGCCUGAGUCGGACUGGAGCUCUCUGCCCUUUACCAAUCCAGCCACGGGCCCAUCCAUCUGGCCCAUCAAGACUCACUCUCAUUUCAUCAGUCCAUAAAACCUUAGAAAAAUCAGUCUUGAGAUAUUUCUGGCCCAGUCUUGACGUUUCAGCUUGUGUGUCUUGUUCAGUGGUGGUCGUCUUUCAGCCUUUCUUACCUUGGCCAUGUCUCUGAGUAUUGCACACCUUGUGCUUUUGGGCACCCCAGUGAUGUUGCAGCUCUGAAAUAUGGCCAAACUGGUGGCAAGUGGCAUCGUGGCAGCUGCACGCUUGACUUUUCUCAGUUCAUGGGCAGUUAUUUUGCGCCUUGGUUUUUCCACACGCAUCUUGCGACCCUGUUGACUAUUUUGAAUGAAACGCUUGAUUGUUCGAUGAUCACGCUUCAGAAGCUUUGCAAUUUUAAGAGUGCUGCAUCCCUCUGCAAGAUAUCUCACUAUAUUUGACUUUUCUGAGCCCGUCAAGUCCUUCUUUUGACCCAUUUUGCCAAAGGAAAGGAAGUUGCCUAAUAAUUAUGCACACCUGAUAUAGGGUGUUGAUGUCAUUAGACCACACCCCUUCUCAUUACAGAGAUGCACAUCACCUAAUAUGCUUAAUUGGUAGUAGGCUUCGAGCCUAUACAGCUUGGAGUAAGACAACAUGCAUAAAGAGGAUGAUGUGGUCAAAAUACUCAUUUGCCUAAUAAUUCUGCACUCCCUGUAGAGACAAAGGAAUUGGCUUUUGAAACAUUGGGAAGUAGUUUUCCUUCAUGUUGUAAACUCAGCCCAUGUCCUGGACCCUGAUGAUAGGGGAUAGUCUUGUCAUGCAAAAGCUUGGUAACGGGUCCCAGGGAUCGUCUCCAAAUGAUAGUAAAAUGGGGAAAGUCUCCAUAAAAAGCACAAACAUGUCCCUCAAAGGCAUGGUUCAGAAAGGAUGUAGGAACAUCCAUUACUGUAACCACAUGCAGAACCGAACCAGAAGGUCCCUGGGGACAUAGUUGGUGCUCUGUCAAUUUUUGCCACGCUAAAGUGGGAGUCCACUGCUAUGGCCUUAGACUUAGAUGAGGACAGUAGGGCAGUCUAUAUUUUUCUAAUCAUAUGAUAUGUAGCUGCCUAAUGGUUUUCCCAAUUUGAGGUUCCCCACAGACAGCUGCCGAGGUUGGAAGAAAAUCAAGGUCAUCCAUAGCACUGACUUCUGAAGAGGUUGGAGACGGCUCCCUCAUGGCGCCAUUUUAACCUAGUUGGUUUACGGCAACGAUCGAGGCCUUCUUCUCGAUGUGCCGCGUAAGGGUUGGUGAGACUACCGCCACUUAGCCCAGUUGAGCUGCUGACAUUCUCUUGGUCUUUUGCUUUACGUGGGCUCCGAGGAAGUUGGAGAUGGCACCAUCUUAGACAUAUGUGGACAUGGGACCUGGUGGAGCAACUCCCUUAUACUGAUAGAUUUAGAGUGAAUGUUGUUCUUUGCUUUCUUAGAGUGUUGUCCCAAUGUUGCCCCAAAUAAUGAAUGCCAAAAUCGCCUUAAAAGUGAAGGUUCUGGAAGUUCAUUUGAUUAGGAAGUCAGUUUUUCUCAGAGCAACUGCACAAAACAUCUGCUCUGUUCGAGCACUGACUCUGCUCCUCCUUUUAUAGCACUUUUAAUUGUUGAUCUGGGCAAGACAUGAUGGGCCAUUAAUGGGGUACAUGACAUCAGGGCAGGAUUUCCUAUAAGUCACGCAAGACAUUUUCCUCUGUUGUCCAAUAUUAGGCAUUGCCUAGUCGAUACGCCUCGGAGCAAAUAGGAUGUAAAUCCAGCCAUGGACAUAAUGCUCUGGACAAUACAUAGCUGAAAUAUAAAACAAAAACAUGGUUACAGGUUAAAUUUAUUUAGGAAUAACAAGUAAAGUGAUAAUACACAGUUAAGGUGUUUACACUACAAGUUACUCAUCUAUGUUAAUAUCAUUCUCUCUAGUUUCAAGCCAGCAUUGAGGGCAAGCUCCCUGCAUACAACGUGCGCAUCUCUUUGCCAGCUCCAGCCAAGCAGGAUAUAUACGGUAAGAAAGCCAGGCACAUAUAUAAUGGUCACAGGGACAUAGAGAGUGAUGCUGUGGGGGUCAAAUACUGAAUGCAGGAUAUAACACAUAUUAUUCCUGAAACCGCUAUAGUUGAUACAGGGCAUACGCAGUCUGCCACCUCUAGGGUUAGUACAGGGUAUACACAGUCUGAUAUCUCUAGGGUUAGUACAGGGUAUACACAGUUUGAUAUCUCUAGGGUUAGUACAGGGUAUACACAGUCUGAUAUCUCUAGGGUUAGUACAGGGUAUACACAGUCUGAUAUCUCUAGGGUUAGUACAGGGUAUACACAGUCUGAUAUCUCUAGGGUUAGUAUAGGGUAUACACAGUCUGAUAUCGCUAGGGUUAGUACAAUGUAUACACAGUCUGAUAUCUCUAGGGUUAGUACAGGGUAUACACAGUCGGAUAUCUCUAGGGUUACUACAGGGUAUACACAGUCUGAUAUCUCUAGGGUUAGUACAGUGUAUACACAGUCUGAUAUCUCUAGGGUUAGUAUAGGGUAUACACAGUCUGAUAUCUCUAGGGUUAGUAUAGGGUAUACACAGUCGGAUAUCUCUAGGGUUAGUACAGGGUAUACACAGUCGCAUAUCUCUAGGGUUAGUAUAGGGUAUACACAGUCGGAUAUCUCUAGGGUUAGUACAGGGUAUACACAGUCGGAUAUCUCUAGGGUUAGUACAGGGUAUACACAGUCUGAUAUCUCUAGGGUUAGUAUAGGGUAUACACAGUCGGAUAUCUCUAGGGUUAGUAUAGGGUAUACACAGUCUGAUAUCUCUAGGGUUAGUACAGGGUAUACACAGUCUGAUAUCUCUAGGGUUAGUACAGGGUAUACACAGUCUGAUAUCUAUAGGGUUAGUACAGGGUAUACACAGUCUGAUAUCUCUAGGGUUAGUACAGGGUAUACACAGUCUGAUAUCUCUAGGGUUAGUACAGGGUAUACACAGUCGGAUAUCUCUAGGGUUAGUACAGGGUAUACACAGUCUGAUAUCUCUAGGGUUGGUAUAGGGUAUACACAGUCUGAUAUCUCUAGGGUUAGUACAGGGUAUACACAGUCUGAUAUCUCUAGGGUUAGUACAAUGUAUACACAGUCUGAUAUCUCUAGGGUUAGUACAGGGUAUACACAGUCUGAUAUCUCUAGGGUUAGUAUAGGGUAUACACAGUCUGAUAUCUCUAGGGUUAGUACAGGGUAUACACAGUCUGAUAUCUCUAGGGUUAGUACAGGGUAUACACAGUCUGAUAUCUAUAGGGUUAGUACAGGGUAUACACAGUCUGAUAUCUCUAGGGUUAGAACAGGGUAUACACAGUCGGAUAUCUCUAGGGUUAGUAUAGGGUAUACACAGUCUGAUAUCUCUAGGGUUAGUACAGGGUAUACACAGUCUGAUAUCUCUAGGGUUAGUACAGGGUAUACACAGUCUGAUAUCUCUAGGGUUAGUAUAGGGUAUACACAGUCGGAUAUCUCUAGGGUUAGUAUAGGGUAUACACAGUCUGAUAUCUCUAGGGUUAGUAUAGGGUAUACACAGUCUGAUAUCUCUAGGGUUAGUAGAGGGUAUACACAGUCUGAUAUCUCUAGGGUUAGUACAGGGUAUACACAGUCUGAUAUCUCUAGGGUUAGUACAGGGUAUACACAGUCUGAUAUCUCUAGGGUUAGUACAUGGUAUACACAGUCUGAUAUCUCUAGGGUUAGUACAGGGAAUACACAGGCUGCUAUCUCUAGGGUUAGUACAGGGUAUACACAGUUUGAUAUCUCUAGGGUUAGUACAGGGUAUACACAGUCUGAUAUCUCUAGGGUUAGUACAGGGUAUACACAGUCUGAUAUCUCUAGGGUUAGUAUAGGGUAUACACAGUCUGAUAUCUCUAGGGUUAGUAUAGGGUAUACACAGUCGGAUAUCUCUAGGGUUAGUAUAGGGUAUACACAGUCGGAUAUCUCUAGGGUUAGUAUAGGGUAUACACAGUCUGAUAUCUCUAGGGUUAGUAGAGGGUAUACACAGUCUGAUAUCUCUAGGGUUAGUAGAGGGUAUACACAGUCUGAUAUCUCUAGGGUUAGUAUAGGGUAUACACAGUCUGAUAUCUCUAGGGUUAGUACAGGGUAUACACAGUCUGAUAUCUCUAGGGUUAGUACAGGGUAUACACAGUCUGAUAUCUCUAGGGUUAGUACAGGGUAUACACAGUCUGAUAUCUGUAGGGUUGGUAUAGGGUAUACACAGUCUGAUACCUCUAGGGUUGGUACAAGGUAUACACAGUCUUAUAUCGCUAGGGUUGACACAGGGUAUACACAGAACUCUACAGUUUAUACAGGGUAUACACAGUCUGAUAUCUCUAGGGUUAGUAUAGGGUAUACACAGUCUGAUAUCUCUAGGGUUAGUACAGGGUAUACACAAUUUGCCACCUCUAUGGUUGGUACAGGGUAUAAGCAGUCUGCCACCUCUAUGGUUAGUACAGGGUAUACACAGUCUGCCACCUCUAUGGUUGGUACAGGGUAUACACAAUUUGCCACCUCUAUGGUUGGUACAGGGUAUAAGCAGUCUGCCACCUCUAUGGUUGGUACAGGGUAUACACGGUCUGGCACCCUUAGGGUUGGUAGAUGGUAUACACAAACCGCUAUGUUUGGUACAGGGCAUACAUUCUUCUUAUGCCAACAUUAAAUUCUUUGUUUAUCCACCUUGUAACAGAUGAUGAAGACAGUGGUGAUGAUGAAGGGGAUGUUGUGACUCGAGCAGCAUUAAAGAGGCAGUCACAGCAAAUCGUAGAAUCAAAGACCAAACGGCGAACCCGGCCUAAGAAGAAACGAGGAAAGCAGUAAAGGAAAAGGAAAGCAGAUCCUACAAACACAGUUUCCCUGACAUUCUGCUACCAACAACAUCCAUCAUCAUAUCACUCAAUCUUAGCAAUUCCAAUCCUUCUCAGUCCUUUUCCAACAACGUAAUCCUGUUCUCUUUAUCCACUUCUACCUCCAAUUCUCUUCUACAGGUCUUCUUUACGGUGGUUUCAUUCUUGCAGAACGCAGUGCUUUCCUACAAGACUUUGCCCAAAUAUCCAUUCUUUUAAAAAUGUCUUAAACAACUACUAUCCUACUAACUGUGUAACUCUUCUCUUCCUACCUAUUUACUACAUCUUGCCACAUUGUGUCCUCCUACGAAAUGUGCAUGGUCUGCUGACGUUAACUUUUCAUUGUCUAUGUAGACAGGUUUAUCAAGAUUCAGACUGAAGACACGACCAUCUUUCUUCCCUUUGCAUAUCUUUCAUAUUUCCUUUUUCAUAAAUAUACUCCCUUUAAUUACAUUUUACACUCUCUUAACCCAUUGUGAUAAUCUGUUUUACAUUUGCCCAAAAUUAUUUGUCAGAAUUUACAGAUUUGUAGUAAAUAAUAUUUUAUUGAAGAAGACACAUCACAUUUCAAGAUUUAAGCAACAAUAUAAGGCAUUUACUUUUUUUUUUUUUUUUGAAUUCUUUAUUUUUGGUCUGACGAAGAGGUCAACACAGAAAUAUGCAGGUGUACAUAUGCAAGUGACAGCGCAGUGUCGUACAUUUUUACAGAAUGAAAGUUGCAUUGGUUAUUUUAAACACUUUACCGACACUUUAUAUCCUGCGGACGUCCCCGUCCGAUAUUUUCGGUUAUGUUGGCAAGCACAAUUAACUAUAUACAAUGGUGGUAGUGUGGAGGGGUAGGCGUAGGGAGUAGAGCAGCAGUCCCAGACCUCUCAGGGCCCGCGACUGCUCCCCCGACUUCCCCCAUUGUCUGCAGAGCAUAAGCGUACUGAAGCCUGACUCCUCUUUCACCAGCUUGCGAGUCUGGAGUGCCUGCUUGUAAUAAGUAGGUAGGGGUGAGAGAUAGGAAAGUAUAGACAAGUAAAUGCGUUUAGGUGUCGUCUUAAUAUGGUUUCCCGAGGGACCAGUAGCAGAGGUCCCCGGGUUCCCCGGGUAGCACUCCGUGUGGUGUGUGUGUCCGUGCCCCUGUCCCAUAGUGGCGCCGCUUCCACCGGUCCAGGCGCUGGUGUAGUGUUUAGCAUUGGGUAUGUCCCAAUUAUUGCCAUUUUUGCGGAGCUCCCGCAUGCCGCCCUACGCCCCGAUUCAGGAUUUAACUGUCGUAUUGCUCCCACAGGUCCCAGACCUUCUGAAACUUAGUCAUAGUGUAAGGCAUUUACUUUUUAAAAAAGCAUAGUGGUCAAUACCAGGGUAAAGUGCAUAUCAGCCCAUCUUCAUUAGUACAAUAGAGCCACCACCAAUUACACGCUGAAGUAGAUUUCGGCACAAAAUGUCUCAUGAGAAAUAUGAAAGUCCCAGUGUUCAGUGUGUGCUUGCAGGAAUAGCAACCGUUAAAAAAUAUGGAAAAGUAUUUUAGAGAGACACGGAAAGAGAUAUAAGUGAGGAGAAAAAUAAUUAGGUAGAAAGCAAAAAAAGAUAAAUGGCUGAUUCUGAAACACUUCCGAUAUUUGAACAACAUUCAGUGAUAAUAUUAUAUGGGCAAUAUCUGCUCCACCUGGGCACCGUAGGGCCUGCAAUACCAUGGUACAGACCAAAAAGCAGACAAAUAAAUGACAUAUAUAACAGUUGUGCGUCUUUCGGACACAUUGUCUAGCGGUGGGUCUGAUGUCCCAUUUCCAGAUACACACAAACCAACACAGUAAAUUACUGCCUAUCAGAAAGUCCUUCUCUGACAAGCAACCCCGAUUGGCUAACAGAUAGAUUAGAGGUAGUGAGGGACAAGCACUACUGACAGGUAUACUGUAUAGGUGGGUACUGGUUCCCAGGGUCCCCUUCUGUGAACCCUAAAAGUACACAAAAUAAACAAUAAUGGAGCUGCAAAACCUAAGGUCUCAGUGAAGAUGUUUUGACCAAAUCACACGUUCUUCAUCAAGCUUGACCAUGUGGGCAGCUCCACUCUGUUGGAAUAAGCUCCUUCACUGAGUCCAUUAUUCUUAAUUUUGUGGCUAACAGAUAGGGCUGUCUAUUGCGCUAUCCCAUAAACCACGCAAUAUUAGGAAGAUCGCAUUCAAAAUAUGCAGCGCAUUUUCACCUCUAAAAAUGACAACUACAAUAAACUUCACAGGUUAGAAUCCCUCCAUGGUUUUCUCGUUUUAUAUUCACACACAUCUUCCUGAUGUGCUGCAUGGAACAUGCUUCUUUCUUGGCCUUCCCAAAUCCUUGCUUUUAUACUCCAUAAAUUAUUCUGUUUACAGGUUUGUUUGGUUUUUUUUGCUCACUUUCAUUUUCUUAGCUUUUAGCUCCCCGUACUUAUUUCACCCUCCCCCUUUCCACUCUAGCUAUCAUCUACGUAAAUCUCACAAAGUGCAAGGGCAAAGCAGGGGCUACGGGAUCAGCAUCUGACAGUGUGUGAUGUUAUUGGGGUGAAAGAUGCUGUGGGAAUAAAAAGUUCUGACGUCAUCGAUGAAGCGGGUUUAUGCUGACAUAUGAUGGCCUUUCUGUUUUGAGUGAUAAAUAAUAAAUAGAGAUUAUUCACCAAACUUCUUUUCUCAUUUUUAUAAAGCAAAAUGUCUUAAGUGCCAUGUAACAUCUUAUUACCGUAACCCUGCUCCAGAGUGCCUUAUUACCUCUGUAACGUCUUCUUACAGUAACCCGGCUCCUGAGUGCCUUAUUACCCUGUAACAUCUUAUUACAGUAACCCGGCUCCUGAGCGCCUUAUUACCCUGUAACAUCUUAUUACAGUAACCCGGCUCCUGAGUGCCUUAUUCAGUCUGAGUGCCUUAUUCAGUCUUCUUAAAGUAACCCGGCUCCUGAGUGCCUUAUUACCCUGUAACAUCUUAUUACAGUAACCUGGAUACUGAGUGCCUUAUUACCCUGUAACAUCUUAUUACAGUAACCCAGCUCCUGAGUGCCUUAUUACUCUGUAACAUCUUAUUACAGUAACCCGGCUCCUGAGUGUGUUAUUGCCCUGUAACAUCAUAUUACAGUAACCCGGCUCCUAAAUGUCUUAUUACCCUGUAACAUCUUAUUACAGUAAC